GAUUGACAUGUGCUUUAAAGUUUUCCACCCACUUUUUCAACCAAUCAGGACGAAGGGGCGGGCCUUCCCAGUAAUCUUUACAAAAUGGCGACUGUUGUUGUUUUGCCGCAGGGUCAGUGAAUAAAUCCGUUUUUCGUUUCAACCAUUUUCUGCACUAAUUUGCAGAAACGACAAUAAAAAAAGCCCAGGCGCCCAAGGGUCGGCUCCGUGUGGACUGAAAUGAAAGGUAAAGAGCGGUCGCCGAUUAAAAAACGCUCCCGGGCCUUGGACGAUAUACGAGACAGGGGAGGAUGCCACCCGACCAGCAAGAAAAUGGGGGCUCUGUCCGUUUCCAGUGGGAGUAAUAAUGGAAAUAGCUCGACCAAAAGCGACGGCGGCUCGAGAAGGAGUCUACUCGGCGACAAAAGAGACAGAGAUUUCGAGGGGCACAGUCGGACUGGAAAUAACCAUAGUUGCCAGUCAGCUGCCGCCAGCUCGGUCGGUAAGAACCACAGCCUGAGCCUGACGCUGGAUUUAGCCUCGCCGAGGACCACUUCACGGGGGGAGCAGCGGGUGCAGCCGCCCAGCACCGAGAGUGAGUACAAAACCCUCAAAAUAAGCGACCUCGGUACCCAGCUGAGUGACGAGGACAUAGAGGAUGGACUUUUUCACGAAUUUAAGAAAUUUGGAGACGUGAGCGUUAAGAUAAGCCGCAGCAACGACGAACGGAUCGCGUUCGUAAAUUUCAGGAAGCCGGAGGACGCGAGAGCUGCUAAGCACGCCCGGGGCCGGCUGGUGCUGUACGACAGACCGCUAAAGAUCGAGGCGGUGUACAUAAACAGGAGGAGAAGCCGCUCCCCUGUGGAGAGAGACUUGUAUGGAGCAGCUCAAAGCCAUAGACAUUUGCAGAGACCCCUCUCGCCCACCGGGCUUGGAUACAGAGACUACCGGCUGCAGCAGCUGGCCCUAGGCCGGCUGCCCCCUCCCCCGCCGCCCCCUCUGCCCAGAGAGCUGGAGCGGGACAGGGAGUUUGCCCUGUUUGAAGCCAGGGCACGCCCAGCUUUCAUCGCAGAGCGAGCAGCUUUUCGUGAGGAGGAUUUUAUAUCUCCAGAAGAUGACCAAAGAGCCAAUAGGACGUUGUUUUUAGGUAAUCUGGACAUAACCGUUACAGAGGCGGACCUGAGGAGAGCCUUUGACAGGUUUGGGGUCAUAACAGAAGUGGACAUUAAAAGACCCACACGGGGACAAACCAGCACAUAUGGAUUUCUGAAAUUUGAGAAUCUUGACAUGGCUCACCGGGCUAAGCUUAGUAUGUCUGGUAAAAUAGUAGGCCACAACCCCAUAAAGAUAGGAUAUGGGAAAGCAACUCCCACCACACGACUCUGGGUGGGUGGACUUGGACCCUGGGUUCCUUUGGCUGCACUGGCAAGAGAGUUUGAUCGCUUUGGCACCAUAAGGACCAUUGACUACAGGAAGGGUGACACAUGGGCCUACAUUCAGUAUGAAAGUUUGGACGCUGCACAAGCGGCAUGCACUCACAUGAGGGGCUUCCCGCUGGGAGGCCCAGAGAGAAGACUCAGAGUGGACUUUGCUGACAUUGAGCAUCGUUACCAGCAGCAGUUCCUGCAGCCUCUCCCAAUACCACCGUUUGACAUGGUUGCUGAGUCAUUUGUCCACCGUGCAACACCUGAACCUCUGAGGGUCAGGGAACGGACUCCACCGCCACUUCACUUUAGGGAGAGAGAACUCUUUCCUGGAACUGAGUGGCCCAACCCAGCUAUUCGUGAUCGGGUACGGGCCUCACCCUUUGAGCCUCUAGAGCACUUGGAACGUGAGAGGCGGGCACGGGAGCCCUGGUCUUUGGAACGAGAGCUGCAGGGGCGAGAACCUGCACGCAAACGGCGUGUAAUGGAGGAUGGACGCCAUAUAGACCACUCCCCUGACAGCACUGAGAGGACAGUAAGGCGUAGACGUGCUUCUCCAGAUGGCAGUCCUGGAGGUAGCAGCAGAGACGGAGGUCGCUUCAGUGACUCAGAGCGUCCUUUGCGGGGCGAGAGACCCUCCCCUGCACGAGAACGUCACAGCAGCCUGGAAAGAGGUGGUGCUGAAAGGAGACUCAAAAGCCAGAGUCUCUCUGAAAAGGGACCACCAGGUAGUGGCGUUUCAGCAGUUGGAGAGCGUAAGCGCAAAGCAGGGGAUGGUGGCAAAGGGCCAGCCAAGAGAGAACGAUCUGAAAGCAGCUCCAAGGGAGGCCAGUCGUCCAAACCAGACGGCACCAAACUCAGCUUGGCCUGGCAUGGCAUGCUGCUGCUCAAGAACAGCAACUUCCCGGCCAACAUGCACCUGCUGGAGGGCGAUCACAACGUAGCCAGCGACCUGCUUGUCGAGGGCACAACAGGGAGGCAGGUAAAUGAGCUAAAGAUCACCCAGCGUCUCCGUCUGGACCAGCCCAAGCUUGACGAGGUGUCCCGGCGCAUCAAGGUGGCGGGUCCCGGUGGCUACGCCAUCCUUCUGGCAGUUCCUGGGACCACGGAGGAUUCAUCUUCAUCUGACCCUGCAGCCUCAACUCAGCGGCCGCUUCGCAACCUGGUGUCCUACCUCAACCAAAAACAAGCAGCUGGAGUCAUCAGCCUGCCCGUGGGAGGGAGCAGAGAUAAAGACAACACGGGGGUUCUUCAUGCUUUCCCUCCCUGUGAUUUCUCCCAGCAGUUCCUGGAUUCGUCUGCCAAAGCUCUGGCUAAAAGUGAAGAGGACUAUCUGGUCAUGAUUGUGGUUCGUGGAGCAUCAUAAAAAAAAAUCAGAACACACUAAAGUUCAAGUGGUGUAAAAAAAAAAUCUGCUGUUUGUCAGUAACUAUUGCAUGCUUUGUGUUCUGCAUUAUGGGGUACACUAGUAUGGUUCUUGAGUGUUUGUAUGUUACCAUGUAAUCCACUAAAAGGACAAACAGUGCCCUCCUACAAAACUAAAAGGAUGUGUGUUUUUGAAAUUAUUUUUAAAGGGUGUAUGAAUUGCUCUCACAGUCAUAAACCUGCAGAAGUUCAGUCAGAAUACAGCAAAACCGUUAAAUACAGAGAGCAAUUGUUAAAUUCAAAUGUCAUUCAGGAGAGAUAAGUCAUAGAAAACAAAGUGUUGGUUCAUCUUGCUGUUUAAAAUUUAAACUAUAAUCCAACUCUAUAACUAGGAAAAAAACAGAAUUUAGAAAUGCAGUGAGUAGACACAAUAACACCUCCACUACAAUACAACACAGACAAUGGCAUCACAGACUACUAUAGUGUUGGGGCCAAACCUCCCUGACACGCCAAUAACAAAAGCUGAAAAAUUAAAAGCUUAACAGAGGUCAUGUUUGUGUCUGGGCUAUUAUACUGAUUGGCCUUUACAGGUGUUAUUGUGUCUUCCUCAUGUACAGUCAUUUCAGAAAAGAUCCGUUUUCAAAGCUUUGAAUUACAGUGCAAUAAUAUUUCUACUAUAAUCACUUUUUGAUGGAUGGAGACAAAGAUGAGCAUGACAUUUUUGAAUUGAAGGUUUUCCGUAAAGGUGCAGGGAAUGAUAUGGUACUGCAGUUACAAAGCUAAUCAGGAGAGAGAAUCCUGGGAACAUUUUGAAGGUCAAAACAUGUCGCGCAGCUCUUAUACAGCGCACCAAACUCCAUUCACCAAAUGUUUUGGUCUAUUUUAACCAUCAUCAUCGUCAUCAUCAUUAAGGGCAGCAACUAACUUUUUUAGAUUUUUAUUUCUAUUAAUCUGCAGGUUAUUUGGUCUAAAAAAAAUCUCCAUAUUUUGAGAAGCUGAAAACAGCAUUUUCUGGCACUUGUUCGUGAAAAAUUACUGUAAUACUAAAUCAAUAAUCAAAAUAGUAGGUUUUUAUUUUCCCUUCAAUUGUUGCAGCUCAAAUCAUCUUCAGGUAAUUAUCCUGAUGAUAACCAGAUAGCUCAAAUAAUUUGGUGAAUGAAGCGUGCAAUGUGUUGUAAUUUCAAUGGACUCGCACUUGCCUGCCUGUGUGUGCUCUCAGAGUUAGAAAACAUUUUGAAGGUCACCAGUUAAAACGUCUCUAAAUACAGUUCACACAUUUCAGUCGCAUGUGUUGUGAAUUAUGUUUAAAUAAUUACAAGUUAUGUUCAGGUUCAUGGUUUAGAUUUGAGAGUUUCUUUAUUAACGUGUUCCUUAUUAUUGGAACACUAAAUUGCAAGAUAGACAAUGAACUCAGUGUGUGUCCACUGGUAAAGCUAAAUUGUUACGUCAAAUCUAUGUGGAAUGCUGAAUACUAACAGAUGUGAGAUUUUGCCCAGGGAACAGCCCAUAACACAAUAGCAUAGCAAAGCAAAUACUAACAUGUUUUUCAUAUUUUUUACUUCAUAUUUUAUUUUGUGCAUCCCUACCUUUAGAAAUGGUUGUGUAAUGUGAUCUAUGAAAAACUACAGUAGUAAUGGAUAAAAAAAGAUUAGAGAGUUUUGUGUUGUUUCAUUUAUUGCUCUGAAACCAGUAGGUCCUCCAUUAAUAAUAAUUAUAAUAACCAGUAUCAGUAAAAUGUUGGUACAAAGUAACAAAAACCUGCUAUUUGUUCAGUAAGUAGGUCUGUGUACUUUUAAAGUUUUAGAAAUACUUUAACAGGUCUUGUUUGAAUUUAAAUUUUAGAGGUAUAAAUUGGACAAUUUUUUACUCAUGCCUGCCAACAUGUUCCCAAGGCCUACUUACCGUAUUUUGUUUUGCCAUUGUAUGUUUGUCAUGCAAUAGUAACCUACCCCCAUAUAUAGUUUGCUGAGUUUGGUUUAAUAUGUAUUGAAAACAUUAAUAUGUCAGAAGAAUUGUUAUGUGUGACGUCACACCCACUUCAACGUUGGACUCUUGAGGAGACAAGUGCAGAGCUGCACACCUCUGCAGAGAAGGUGUUUGUGAGUCCUCACUAAUGAGGCAACUUUUAAGUUGUGUAUCCCAUCUGCACCUGUGAUGAUGACUUCUGUUUUAAAUGGAAAAUUGAGCAAUGUACACUUUGAUGUCAUGGGAAAGGAAAAUCCGUAGAGCCCAUGCGAAGCUGUUCACAUACCUGCAAGUGCGUUUGAGCACUGAAUGUGACCGAUUAUCAAUAAAUUGUUCAUUUGAAGGGAAACAUGUUUCUUCGAUGGAAGUGAAUUGAAGAAACACGAUGCCAUGCCUUAUUGUGUUUCGAAGGAGUUGUCACUUGAAAUUUUGUUUCUGCACACGAAAAGGGAGACGGUUUGCAGUUUGUUUAGCACCAGUGAGGAGAGACCCCCCCCCUCCCCCGAGUCGUGUGAGGAUCGCUGUUUGCUUACAGGCCUGAGCCUGAGCUCCUAUCAUAAAUUACUCCCCUCACGAUCCCCCUGUUAUACCCUCAACGUUUCCUGUCGACAUGUGAACACCUGAUCAGGACCGAGGAGCCUCCGCUGCCUCUUGCUUUCAGCCAGUUUGCAGUGUGAAACGGUGGCAGAUGCAGACAGCGGUGCAGCUCGGGAGUCGGGCAGGAGCAAACAGCAGCACGCGGCAGUAUCCUGUUGUUUUCCUUGCUCGUUACUCUAAAGGGUUUCAUGUGCAUUGUUCCUGGUUCUGAAUAGGAGCUGAGGAAAUCCCAUCACCAGCCGUCACACACUCCACUCGGGAGAUUGUGGGUGACACCGCUCUGAAAUUUCCGUAGCAUCUCCAGUUCAAGCUGUCUCACUGCAGAGGCCAAGCUGAACCACUGGGCUGAUUUGCCUUUAUUUUACUUUGCCCAGUUAUGAUUUGAUUUGACUUAAUGUUUGGCUCAGGGCAGAGGAUUGGCCCAAACCUCAGCUAGGAAUAUUGUUUGCACCCGUCUUUGUGUUCUCCUCUGAUUGAACCCUCUCCGAGGAGGCGAGUGAAGAAGUGUGUUGCUGUGCUGAAGCUGUUCUCCAUCGUCACCUGACGUCUGCUGCUGCAUGGAAGUGAAACACCAACAGGCUAAAUUGUUUACUCUUUUUUUUUUGCUGGAAGGAAUCCACACCGCGGACCCCACCCCUCCCCCAAAUUCUUCUAGGGGACCUGUUUAUUUUGCCAGUGCCCUUUGAUUAAGUUUAAGGCCACUUUACACAGGAAAGAAAGUUUUCCAUUUCCUCCUACCAUCCAUUUUAGUCAUAGUAAUGAGAAAACAAAUGCAGUGUUCUGUGCUGAGAAGGACCCCUUACUUCACUAGAGAAACAUUGCCAUCUUGAGGACCUCGGAGUUCCUGCUGUCCUCUCACAGUCUACCUGACAAAUCACACUCAUGCACACCAGACACCCGGGACAGAGCUGGUAUCACUCUGCUGUGUAGGAACAACAUGAGGGUGAGUAAGGACAGAAAGUGCUGCCUGCCAGGUCUGUGUCGAUGGCUUAGGCAGCAGUGGUAAGUAUAAAGUGUCAACACCACAUGUUUUACAACAAAAAAUGCAAAAUGGCACACUAGUUUUAAGCCAAAGUCAUUGCUGAGGUUAUUACCUCUUCUGUCAGUUCGUAUAGAUCCAGUAGUGUAAGAUAACCAGGGAAUGUAAGGACAUUUACUCAUAGGGUUUGGAAAAUGCUUAAUUUUAACCAUUAUGUUUUCAAUUUUAGGAAUAUGCUUGAAUUUGAAAAAAAUCCUUAAAAAUGCUUUAUUAUCAACACCAAUCACUCAUGUAAACCAAAAAUACAUUCAUAGCACAAUUAGCAAUAAAUAAUCAUAAUCACAUAGUGAAAUCUAAUACAAGCAGACGGUAAAAUAAAAGAACAUAAAUAGAUUGCUGUGGGUACAGUAGUGUUCAAAAUAAUAGCAGUCCAAUGUGACUAACCAGAUUAAUCCAGGUUUUUAGUAUAUUUUUAUUGCUACAUGGCAAACAAGGUACCAGUAGGUGCAGUAGAUUCUCAGAAAACCAACAAGACCCAGCAUUCGUAAUAUGCACGCUCUUAAGGCUGUGCAAUUGGGCAAUUAGUUGAAAGGGGUGUGUUAAAAAAAAAUAGCAGUGUCUGCCAUUGACUUUACAAACACAAAACUAUUUUGUACAAACUUUUUUUCCCUAUGAUUUAGCAAUCCUGUGAAUCACUAAACUAAUAUUAUAGUUGUUUGACCACAGUUUUUUAUAACUGCUUCACAUCUGAGUGGCAUGGAGUCAACCAACUUGUGGCACCUUUCAGCUGUUAAUCCACUCCAAGAGUCUUCCACAAUUCAUUUAUAUUUCUUGGUUUUGCUUCAGAAACAGCAUUUUUGAUGUCACCCCACAAGUUCUCAACUGGAUUAAGGUCCGGGGAUUGGGCUGGCCACUCCAUAACAUCAAUGUUGUUGGUUUGGAACCAAGAUUUUACAAAAUAUAAAUCAACGGAUAAGUAAUUAGGUAUUAUUAUAGAUUAAACUACACGUCAGUGUAUAGAGUUAUUUAAAUGCAUAAAUGUUAUGCAUUAAGUGAUAAAAACAAUAAUGCAUUAAUUAUUAUAAUCCAAUAAUAUAUUCUGAAAUGGGCCAUUCUGCAUGAAGAGUCCUUUUACUUUUCGAACUUUAAGUAUACUUUGAUUCUAAUGCAUUUGCUCUUUCACUUAAGUAACAUUUUUAAUGCAGGUCUUUUGCUUUCUACACUGUGGUAUUGCACUUUGUCCACCACUGAAGAGGACAGGCCCAUCUAGUGCACGACUUCCAUUACAAGCUUAAGAAUCGACAAAAAAAAAAGAUAAACUAAAUAUUGAACAUUUUAGUAUCCAUAUGUAACCUUUUGAUAAUAUACUCAUGCAGAUGUGUCUGUUAGUUUCAAAUGUAAAUAAUGAGGUUGGACUUUACUGGUAAUCUACAUCUAGAUGCAAAUUCAGCUUUUGGUUAUGUGGAGAUGUUAAACCAAGUGAGAUAAGUCUACUAUCAUUCACCUAAAGAUUCAUCAAACUUCUCAAAAAGAGAAUUAGUAAGAAAAUACAGGAAAGGUUGAUUAAAUCUAAUACAGUGAUUCAAUUAAUUAUCAUAAUAUAAAUGCAAAAGGCUUCAGGCCACUGAUUCCUCUUGACACUCAAAUUAAUUUAUUUUAAACGAUCCUGAUCAUAGAUAAUAUGAUAAUAUAAUAAUAAUAAUAAUAAUAUAGAAGAUUUUAUCAGCUAUAGGCCACAAAUGAUAACCUCCACGUAAUGAAAUUAAGAAAUUUAAUGUGAGAUUUAAAGGAGGUGGCCCAGUCCUGGUCGCUAUUAAUCAAUCAUAUGCCCUUAGGUAACGAUCAAAAUGUAGCUUGUGAGAAUAAAAUCAAUCUGUGGCCGAUGAUCGACUGUUUAAUCUGGCAGCCGCUGCUUCGCCUCUUAACUCCGUUUAUUGAGGCUGUGAGCAGCGAUGUGCUGUAUGUUAGACUGCCACAGUGACAAAUGAUGCAGAUAGUUCACCAAAACCUGACAGACAUGCAAUAUAUAUGACUGAUGUUCAGUCACCAACAUAAAUAAUAAUAUAAGUAUUGCCACUGUCGUUUUUUUUAGCUUUUAUUUUAAACUAAAAACAUCUGUGUUUGUUUGGGUUUUUCAAGAAUUUUAAGUGCACAAACAUUCACUUUAUAAUAUUUUUAAUUAAUUACUGUGAGGGAAAUGUUCUGAAGUGUUGAGAGAAAUAAGCUUUUAUUGCUUGAUGCACAGUGUUAAGAAAACAGUGUUCUUAAAACAAAGAAUUCUAAAAUGUCACACAUUUGAAAGGCUACUUUGUGAACUCAUUUGACCUGCAGUACAUCAAUAGAAAUUAAUAGUUGAAGUUAGACAGAGUCCUGUCAAAGUGUCACCAGAUUUUCACAUUAAGUGUUCCUACCUUAAAUAAUUUGUGAAGGUACCAACUUGUAGUAUGAUAUCUGGUACCAACAGUGUUAGUAAGAUAUCUUAACAUUUUGUAAAUUUAAAUUUAAAUCACCUAACCAAAUCUUAUGUUGUAAUAUUUGCUUAUGUAAUACUGUUACAAAGUUCAUCUGAUUAACUGACAAAUAAUCUUAAAAAGCCACAAAUGUGUUGACUAAUGAUUAUUUCCAUCAUUGAUUAAUCAGCCUGUUACUUAAUUAAUCAUUUGUAUAUAAA